CUCUCAAGCAACUCAAACUGAGGGGGGAGGGCAAGAAAGAGAAGAAAGAAAGAAAGAUAACGUAGUCUCUCUUGAUUUACUAAUUAGCCAUGGCGGACAGACCCGUUGCUAGACCCUCCCGCACUGAGGAAGGAAUCCCCGGACCGGGUGGGUGGCCGUCCACGCCUGGUCCCUCGUCGAUCGGGGGAGAUUCAUCCACUACCGCUGCUGCUCCAACUCCCAACACCGGUACCUCCUCGACACCGGGAACAGCUCAAGAAUCAUUACCAUCUCAACUCCUCUCCUCCACCCGCCAUGAGUCCUCCGACAAGACCCUCGCCAAUGAUAACAUCCUCGAAACUCCUCCCCACCGGGCGAACGACUUUUCGUCCUCCUCCCCCUCAGACAAUAAGCUAAAGAAAACCCCCACAACCACAAGCAUCAGUUCCAACCCCCUGGUGACCACAGAAACCAUCCGCCCAGUGCUCACCAAUCGUCAAAACACCAACCUAGCACGCACAACCUCGCAGCUCAACGAGGAUGAAAUAAUGCGUAUCCUGUCGCGCCGGAAGACCAAUUUCUCGUCCGUGGUCGAGGACCACGACCCCGAGACUAAUGCCGAGAUCGAAGCCCUUCUAUCCUCCAUCUUCGGCAGUUCCAGGCAGCAGGAGAAGGCACGGCAUUUGGGGAUUGUGUUUAAGGAUGUUGUCGUUAAAGGACAGGGUCUUGGAGCUGCCCUCCAGCCCACGAAUGGGGAUUUCUUUCUCGGGCCCUUGAGGGCGAUCAGAGGCCUCUCCUCCGGGAGGAAGGAGGGAGGUGGUGGGCAUGCGAUCAGGACCCUUAUUCAUGGGUUCUCGGGGUGUGUUAGGCCUGGCGAGAUGUGUUUGGUUUUGGGGAGACCCGGGAGUGGUUGCUCGACGUUUUUGAAAGUUAUUGGGAACCAGAGGGAUGGGUUUGUAGAGGUUAAUGGGGACGUCACGUACGGUGGGACGGACAGCGAGACUAUGAAGAAGAAGUACCGUGGGGAGGUUUUGUACAAUCCUGAAGAUGACCUUCACUACGCAACCCUAACUGUCAAAGACACCCUGAAAUUCGCCCUUGAAACCCGUACCCCAGGCAAAGAGUCCCGCCGCGAGGGUGAGUCUCGAAAAGACUACGUGAAAGAGUUCCUCCGAGUAGUCAGCAAGCUAUUUUGGAUCGAGCAUACAUUGGAUACCAAAGUCGGCGGCGAAAUCGUCCGUGGUGUCUCCGGCGGUGAAAAGAAACGUGUCUCAAUCGCCGAAGCAAUGAUCACGAAGGCCUCCGUCCAAUGCUGGGAUAAUUCUACAAAGGGCCUAGACGCGAGCACCGCAAUCGAGUACGUCGAGUCCCUCCGCACGCUUAGCAACAUGGCAAACAUAUCCACAUUCGUAGCGCUAUACCAGGCCGGCGAGAGCCUUUACCAGCUUUUUGACAAAGUGUUGUUGAUCGACGAAGGGCGAUGCGCGUAUUUCGGCCCUACGGAGAAUGCGAGGGCGUACUUCGAAGGGUUGGGCUUCGUGUGCCCGCCCCGCUGGACCACGGCGGACUUCUUGACCAGUGUUACGGACAGACACGAGCGACAAGUAAAGCAAGGCUGGGAAGACCAGGUCCCCCGCAACGCGGAAGAGUUAGAGCAGGCCUACCAACAAUCCGAGAUCGCCACCGCCACGCAAAAUGACAUUGCCGGGUUCGAAAGCACCGUCGUGGCACAGCAGGAAGAGCGCCGACGCCUGGCCACCGAAAAGGCCAGAACGAAGAACUACGCCAUCCCGUUCCACAAGCAAGUAUAUGCGUGCACGAAGCGCCAGUUCUUGGUCAUGAUUGGCGACCCCGUGAGCCUCGGCGGUAAGUGGGGGGGUGUUUUGUUCCAGAGCUUGAUCGUCGGCAGCUUGUUCUAUAACCUCCCGCAGGAUUCGAACGGGGUGUUUCCUCGUGGUGGUAUUUUGUUUUUUACUUUGUUAUUUAAUGCUUUACUUGCGCUUGCGGAACUUACGGCUGCCUUUUAUUCUAUACCUAUUCUGUUGAAGCAUAAGAGUUUCUCGUUUUACCGUCCGUCGGCCUACGCUAUUGCAUUGUUCGUCGUGGACCUACCAUUGUGCUUUGUUCAGGUUUUUAUCUGGAACAUAGUUGUGUAUUUCAUGUCUGGUCUUCAACGCACGGCAUCCCAAUUCUUCAUCAGUCUCCUAGUUGUAUUCGUCAUAACGGCAAGCAUGUACUCCUUCUUCCGCAUGAUCGGCGCCUUCUCUGCGAGCCUCGACGUAGCCACCCGCAUUACAGGUGUCGCCAUUCAAGCGCUGAUAGUCUACACCGGCUAUCUGAUCCCUCCCUCAUCAAUGCACCCUUGGUUUUCUUGGCUCCGUUGGAUUAACCCGAUCCAGUACGGUUUCGAAGCCCUCAUGGCGAACGAAUUCUAUAAUCUCAACAUACAGUGCGUCCCGCCAAUGCUAGUUCCUGUGGGUCCCAACGUGGACCCGCGAUAUCAGUCAUGUGCACUGCAAGGAAGCCAGCCCGGGACCACGAUCGUUCGUGGGGAGGAUUAUAUCCAGACGCAAUUUUCUUACUCGCGGGCGAUGGAGAAGAAGGAUGUUGAGUCUGGUGGAAAGGACCCGAUCGUUACCGGUGAUGAGCAUAAUCCCAAAGAAUCCACGUCCGGCGUUGCCAGGAACGAAUCAGUGUUUACAUGGCAGGGUGUGACUUAUACUAUUCCAGUUAAGGUGGAUAUGUCAGACCUGGUAAACUAA